GCCGGCAGUCACCCGACUAUCAAGAUGGCGGCCCCCAGGAGCUGGGCUCUAUGGAGCCUCUGCGGCCGUGGGUGGUCGCCGGUGUUGCCGAGCUGCAGGCUUCCCUGGCUUCGUAGCUGCUGGCCCAGCGGCCCGCUGGGUGCACGACCCUUGUCGCAAGAGAAGCGGGCAACGGAAACGCACUUCGGGUUUGAGACUGUGUCGGAAGAGGAGAAGGGGGGCAAAGCUCUGAUGCUGAGCUUGUGCGGUCCUGACCUAUAAGGAGUACCCCCAGCGUGACCCUGCUAAACGUAGACGCCUUCUCUUUUUAAGUGGAGUAACUAUCACGAAAUCCCACCAAUUGAGCGUUUAUGAUGUUCUACCCAAUGUGCAGACGUUUCCAAUUCUCAUUUCAACUUCCCGGUGUCUAUCAGGUGUUUGAAAGUGUGGCCAGGAAGUACGAUGUGAUGAAUGAUAUGAUGAGUCUUGGUAUCCAUCGUGUUUGGAAGGAUUUGCUGCUCUUGAAGAUGCACCCGUUUCCUGGGACCCAGCUGCUCGAUGUUGCUGGAGGCACAGGUGACAUUGCAUUCCGGUUCCUGAAUUAUGUUCAGGCACAGCAUCAGAGAAAGCAGAAGAGGCAGUUAAGGGCCCAGCAAAAUUUAUCCUGGGAAGAAAUUGCCAAAAAGUACCAGAAUCAGGAGGAUUCACUGGGCGGUUCUCGUGUCAUGGUCUGUGACAUCAACAAGGAGAUGCUGAAGAUGGGAAAACAGAAAGCCUGUGCCCGAGGAUACAAAGCUGGACUUGCUUGGGUAUUGGGAGAUGCCGAAGAACUGCCCUUUGAUGACGAUAAGUUUGAUGUUUACACCAUUGCCUUUGGGAUCCGGAAUGUCACACACAUCGAUCGGGCACUCCAGGAAGCCCAUCGGGUCCUGAAGCCAGGAGGACGGUUUCUCUGUCUGGAGUUUAGCCAAGUGAACAAUCCCCUCGUAUCCAGGCUCUAUGAUGUAUAUAGCUUCCAGGUCAUCCCUGUCCUGGGAGAGGUGAUUGCAGGAGACUGGAAGUCCUACCAAUACCUGGUAGAGAGCAUCCGACAGUUCCCACCUCAGGAGGAGUUCAAGGAGAUGAUAGAAGAUGCAGGUUUUCAGAAAGUGACUUAUGAAAAUCUAACAUCAGGCAUUGUAGCCAUUCAUUCUGGCUUCAAACUGUAACUCCUUUAAGAUCCUGGAGCGUGAACCAGUCACAUCCUGUGGAAAGCCUGGAGCUGAAGGAUAAUCUGGUUAGUGAGACCAGCAGCAGAACAUCUCUUAAGGCUAUCUGCCUUGGACUCAUGUUCUGAUGUGACCAAUCUCCAAGUGAAAGAAACAAGUUUCUGUCACUUUACUGCAGCUUUCCUUAAGGGCUGCUUCAGGCUUUCUCCCAGAGGUAUUUAUUUGGUCUGUACUUUUUGCUUAACUCCUACUAAUUUUUCUUGGCUGUCCAGUGUGUCAUUAAAACCAGCACUAAAACUCA